AUGGCCGGGCUGAGCGUUCUCCUGGAGCACCACAGCAAGAGCCACCCCGGGAAGGCGGCGGCGGCGCAGAUCAUCAGCAAGGCCACCCUCGUGAUCCACAGCCCCAAACACAAGCAGCAGCAGGUCCCUGCGACGGCCGCGGGCUCCUUCCUGCAGCGCUGCUGCCUCUGCAACAGAGAGCUCGCCGAGGGCAUGGACAUCUACAUGUACAGAGGCGACCGGGCGUUCUGCAGCGAGGAGUGCCGGUGCCGGCAGAUCAUUAUGGACGACGACGCCGGCCAUGGCGCGGAUGCCGCCACCAUUUGCUACAAGCUUACAAUCCAAACCGGCUGGCCCUGUGGACACAUGGCCCACAUAUCAGAUAUUAAACUGAUAAGAACAGAUACUACACUUGAUCUUAGCCAAAAGGCCGAGAAAGGACAACCAAAAGGUGUAUGUGUUUCACCAGGUGGACGGUUCCCUGGCUUUUCAUCUGAAGGCAAGCCUCCUGGAAGAGCACCCAAGGGGCACAGAGAUCUAGCACUGUGUAGGAUAUUCCGUCAGAAUACAUGUUGCGAUGUGGCGCAGACAUUUCCUGCUCUGGUCUCAGUGAGAAACCUUGCAUUGGCUGGUGAAGGCAGUCAAGAAUGUAUUCAUUUGUGGGAAUUGCUCGAGUGCUCAAUAUGUGAUCCACGAGUGGGUGUCAGGCCUGGACCUCCUGUUGUAUGCGCAUCAUUCUGUGAUAUGGUCUUCAAAGCUUGUUCAGAAUCAUACUUCUCUGUAGAUAUGAAAACACAGGCCUUGUCUCCUUGUGGUUUAGGUGACAUCAUUUGUGGCAAAACACAUAAAUGGGUCUCUAACGGCACAGAGUUAUGCCAUCUUGCUGGUUUCACUGUUCAAGUUUCUGAGACCAGCUCUGGUGGAGUUGAUGACACUUUCUGCUAUGGUGGGAAAGCAAGUUUGGAUUCCAUCUCUGAUUCAUGGACUUCUUCAAAAGACCGUCCAACAUUAAGUGGUGUGGCUUCAUGGGACGUUCAAGAUUUUCAGAGAUGGGCAAGAGAAAUGCCUGUCGGUGAAAGAGUUUCGUGGGCAAUUGGAGGAAUGGUUCUCACAGCUGGCCUUAUUUUUAUCAGCAAAAGAAAGAGCUACAGCCAUCGCCAGAAGCAAGCUGCUAUUGCUCGCAAUAUGAGAUUGAGAAGGCUGGAUUCUAGAGCCAACCCACAACAAACGAAGCGGAGCUAG